GAGAAAUUGCCUUCCUCUGCUCUGCUGCUUCUGCUGUCUCUGCUGCUUCUGCUCCCUCCUUUUUCCUGCUCUGUUCUUCCAUGCUGUCUGCUCUUCAAGACACCACCCUAGAGAUACCCCUUUCUUUUGUGCUCCAUUACUAAUCAGUGGUUUUCCAAUGGCUACCCAACAAUCUUCUGUUUUUACUUCCAACGAAGAUCAAUGGCUCAACGACCUUUUGGCCACCUCUGAGUUCCCUAACCAUUUGAACCACAACACCAACACCAGUCCCAAUACCAACACCAGUCCCAACAUCGUCAACAACAGCUUCAAAAAUGCAAACACCAAUACCAAUAUCCCCAAUAUGCCCAGCGACGACAUCAACGACACAAUCAUUAAUACCAAUGCUAUUGAUGCCGAUAUUGCUUCCAUUACCGACAAUCUCAAUUCCAAUUCUUUCAACAGCUUUAACAGCUUUGCCAAUACUGACAUUUUGAACAACAACAAUAACAACAACAGCAACAACGCUAGUAACAAUAACACCAUCAACAUCAAUAACGCUAUUAAUAGCAUAAUAUCUUCUCCUAAUAACAAUUUUCAAAACAUGAAUAACCUAAAUACCUUUAAUUUUUCCAACAUGAAUAAUUUCAGCAAUAGCUUCAGCAAUAAUAAUAAUACGAAUAACAAUAUCAAAAAAUCAAUCCAAAACCACCAUCAUCUAGAUAACCACCACAACAUUGAUAUCAAUUCUCUAUUCUUUGAAGACUCAAACAAUCCGGACUCGUUAUUUGCUCAUUCAACUCAUAAUUCCGCUUUUAAUAGUAUAUCAAACUCUCCAAAUUUAAAUCCAGCCUUUCCUUCAAUUGUAAACUCUUUGAAUAAUUCCUUAAGAAAUUCACCCAUCAUUAAAACUGAAUUGGAUAACGAUGAUGACGAAUUUAUCCCUUUUUUUGGUCUAGAUGAGUUGGAUAAUAGCUUGAGCUCAAACUCAAUUUUAAACUCUAUCAACAAUCACAAUUCCACAACCAAUACCAACACUAAUACUAAUACCAAAAACAAUAACAAUAACAAUAAUAAUAAUAACUUUAAUAUCAUUAACUCAAAAUUAGAAUCUCUACUCAAUAGUAGAACAAAUAUACUCAACCAAUCAAAUUUUAACUCAAACAUCUCAAAUAUCUCGAAAAGUUUCAACAACACUCCAAGAGAUUCAAUACCAAACGACAUCAACAACAACAACAAUAACAACAACAACAACAACAAUUCCUCAAAUAAUAACAACCCUCAUUUACCCAUGUUCUUUGUAUCCCCAAUAUCUUCAAAUAUCCCCUCAAGAACAAACUCUUCAAACACAAUUAAUCAUUUAGAUACCUCAAACUCAACUUUCCUCUCUUCUUUUAAUCCAACUCCUGAUUUUAACAACCCUUUAACUAAAACUAAAUCUCAGCCAAUAUCAAUCAAUUCCUCUAAUAAUAAUUUUAAAUCAAUUCAUAGCUUUAUCAACAAUAAUAACAAUAAUAGUAACAAUAACAAUAAUAACAGUAACAUCUCCAAAAAUACAAACAACAAUAACAACACUAAUAACAACAAUAAUGAAAACAAAAAUAACUCUCUAUUUUCUUCCUUUUCUCCACCAUUAUCUUCCUCUCUUAAACAAUCUUCAAUCCCUUCCCAAUCUCUAAAUAGAAACUUUUUCUCAAACUCAAUCUCAAACUCCCCUUUAAAUUUAUCAAGCACAAGUCCAAUUCCAAUCCCAAUCUCGGUCUCAAAUUCAAUCUCAAAUCAAAAUUUAAAUCAAAAUUUAAACCAAAACUCAAUCUCUUCCCCAAUCCUAACUCAAACUUCAAAUCAAAACUCAAAUAUAGAUUUUCAAUUAAAUAUAAACAACAUCAACUUUAAAAAAAACUCCAUCCCAAACUCCAUCUCAAACUCAAUCCCAAAUUCAAAAUUUAACUCAAACAUUAGUCUCACAUCUUCAUCAACUUCUAUCCAUCCUUCUACUGCUAACACCUCUUCCAAUGACUCAUCCGCCAACACUUCUACAACCUCAAUCGCUAAUAAAGACAAAAAAACUAAAAAAAAGAGAGCCCCAAGAAAACGUCUUACUCCUUACCAAAAACAAGCCCAUAACAAAAUCGAAAAAAGAUACAGAAUUAAUAUAAACACAAAAAUUGCAAAUUUACAAAAAAUCAUUCCCGGAGUUUCAAAUGAAAAGACUUCCUUUGAAACUGCUCACGAUCAAAAUAAAGACAAAUCAAAAGAAGAUGACGAUGAUGAAGUACCAAAAUUAAAUAAAUCAAUGAUCCUAGAAAAGGCAAUUAACUAUAUAACUUUCUUACAACAAAAUCAAAAUAAAAUCGAAAAAGAAAACUCGUUUUUAAAAAAUGAAUUAAAAAAAUUCACUAAAAAGGAUUAUUCAUCUGUAUUUCAAGAUACAAAUAUGGAUAUUGAUAUCAACUCUCAAAUCAUAAAUUCAAUUUCCAGUAAUAAUAAUAGUCCUACAAACAAUCACACUAAUAACGGUAACCCUGAUACCAUUAAUCAAAAUACUAAUGAUAAUGACAAAAUUAUCAAUAAAAAUAAUAAUUUUAAAUCAAACAUUAACAUUGACUCUGAUAAUAUUAUCAAUGAUUGUAAUAACUCACUUAAUGAUAAAAUUAACUCUACAUUAAAUUCAAAUUCAAACUCAAAUUCAAACUCAAUUGCCUCUUCUAUUUCUGAUUCUCCAUCUUCUACUAACUCAAAUUCUAUGUCUGAUAUUCCAAUUCAAUCUCAAUUUCAAUCUACUUCUCAAUCCCCUGCUAAUUUUAAGAAAAUUCUUUCAACAAGAAAUCUAUAA